AUGAAGAAAUUUGAGGCUUCAGGCAAGGAGGUUGACAAAGAAGCUGACGGAGCUGCUGAUGCUGUCAAAAUAUUGGAAAAAGAAGGAAAGAAGGAUCACAAAAAUUUUGUGUUAAGACAAAAGGAAAAAAUGAAGAGAAGAGAGGAAAUUUAUAAAAAAGUCAUAAACCAAAUUUACCAUUUCAAUAUGGUCACCGUUGAAGAUUCUACUGAACAUUCAGGUAUUUCUAACCUUAUCACCAAAUGGUUUUUGGUAGAACUGUUUAGGAAUUAG